AAAUUAUGACUUCACCGUUGACUCGAUCGUUUUAUUAUAAUCAUGGAUCCGAUCUACAAAUAUAUAAAUCAACUGAAUAUAACCCGUGAAAUGGACGGAGGUCUCUGUGCAAUACAUUUUCCGAGUGGAUACUCCCCCGAUGCUCUUUCACCGAACGAUGAACACAGUGCAUUUCUUCAGCUGUUGGAAUUAGAUAUCCUAGCUCAAAGAAUACAUAAUGCUCUUCUGCCUGAAGAUCCCCAAUCAUUCCUUGAUUUCCACAGGGUAUUUGCUGACAAUUUCUUAUAUAUGGGUUCCUUGAAACUAGAAGUUGAUCAGAGAUUUUACACAACGGCAUGCAUCCAACACCCUUUUGAUAUCGUGUGUGCUUUACGUUACGUGGGUAAAUCCUCGUAUUCUGAAGUAUUCAAGUUCACAAAUAGAGUCGAUACACUUUGUUUUGCAAAUAUUACUCAACAACAUAUACUGGUUGAUCCAAGUACCAGAAAACCCAUGGAAUUCCCUUCAUAUUGGAGAGAAAAGUUUGGCAAAAUGUCUGAAGGGUUACCAUUAGUAAUGAAAAGACUAGCAAGACCGGACAUCUGUACACUGAAUUUGGAAUACAAGAUCCAAUCCUCUGACUUGGAUAUCCAGGAGCACACAAACUUUAGCUCCUACGUUAGACUUUGUACCGAGGUGAGCAGAAACGCAUUCAUUGACGGGUUAUUCAGAAGAUUUUCAAAACAAAUGAUCGGAAACGGAUUGAAGGAAUUGCAAAUGAGGUUCGAAAACGAGGCUCUUGUAAAUGAAGAGGUUGUAGUUCACAUGUGGGAAGCAACUGACAGAAAUGAUCAAUUGUGUUUUGAGAUUACGAGAGGUCUAGAUGUGUGUAUUCAAGCAACCAUGUCAUUUUAUCAGGCGUCUAUAGAUGGAUGUAAAUUUGAAUCAUUGUAUUCAAAAAUCUGACAACAGAAUUCGGCGUAUCUUGAUAUUUUAUAUUUAAUUCAUAAUUGAUUUUUAUGUGCUUGUCAUAUGCUUAAAUCUAUUAGAUAAUGCACAUACGGGGAAUCUGCAAGGAAACCCGCAUGGGCACCAAAGAUUAUUUGAUAUUCAUUUGGAAAUUGUAGACUUGAAUUUUGUAGAAGUGUUUAUGUGUGUAUGCGAUGUUAAUAAGUCUAUUUGAUCACGUGGCAAUUUGCAUAACGAAACGUUUAUGCAUAAUUUACCAGGCAUUCUCAUCUCAAACCAAACAACAAGAUUUUAACCACAUAUUUACAUUACUGAUUUAUACAUACCUUUGAUUAUAAAUGUGAUUGGAAAUAGUAAUGUUUUAUCAUUAUUUUUCAUUCAUGGAGAAGAAUUAUACGCAUGCAAGCCCAUUCCGGUACCCCAAAUGGCAUGUGUAUACGUCAUUUUACGCAUAUGUGGUAAAUGAAACCGACACGUGAAAGGUGAGGAUAACGAAUCGUGAUCAAUCUCAUAACGCCUAUAAGCCAUACAAGAAGGUAAGACUAUAGUCGUCGUUUCCAAAAUAAAUAAUGAAAUACAG